UCAGUCCGACUCCGGGACUUUCCCCUUGUUGAAAGUCGAUUGUGUCUGGACUUGGGUUCUGUCUCGAAGGUGGAUGCUGAUUGAGUCAUUGAGGGCCACUCCAGCGGCAUGUAGAAGGACGUUCCCAGGCUAAGGGUGGAAUCACAGCUGCAGCUGCCGGCCUAGGCCACAGCCACACCAGGUCCAAGCCAUGUCUGCGACCUACACCACAGCUCACAAUGCUGGAUCCUUAACCCGUUGAGUGAGGCCAGGGGACGAACCCGUAUCUUCAUGGCUACUAGUUGGGUUCUUAACCUGCUGAGCCCAAAUGGGAAGUUUAAUGUAUUUUAAACCAUGUUAUCUUUGGAAAAAAAUUAUGGUUAAUUAAGUUUUCCUUACUGUUGUAGUGUUCUAAGUAAUAUUCUCAUUGUUUCUCUUUAUCAGGUUUUUCUGCUACAACUAUCUGUGGGAUAGAUGGUUCCCAAAUACCUUGUGAUAUUUAUCUGUAUCAUUCUUUUAAAGAUAUAGUUGCCUUAUUUGGGUCUAAUACUUGUUUUUUUUUCCCUCUAGGAGGAAUUAUUAUAGAUUCUAAAAAUACUUUUCUCCCUUCCCUGUGGACUUAACAUUAGUUUUGUAUGUAUUUGGAUUUAUUUUAUGAAUAUCAAUACCAUAAAGCCUUAUCACUUAUAAAAGAAAUUGGGUAGUUAAACCAUGAGUUGUGGAAAAGAGUUUGUGGAAACAUUAAAAAAAAUAGAUUACCCCAAAGCUGAUAUUCUUAAUGGGGAAGAUUUUGACUGGUUGUUUGAGACUGCUGAAAAUGAAUCAUUUUUGAAGUGGUUUUGUGGGAAUGUGAGUGAACAGAAUGUGUUGUCUGAAGAGGAACUGGAAGCUUUUAACAUUCUUCAAAAAUCAGGCAAGCCCAUCCUAGAAGGAGCAGCAUUGGAUGAAGUUCUUAAAACCUGUAAAGCUUCUGAUUUGAAGACACCUACCCUGAAUGACAAAGAGCUAGAGAAAUUAGAGAAUGAGGUUCAAACUCUGCAGAAAUUAAAGAGCCUGAAAAUUCAGCGACGUAACAAAUGCCAGGUGAUGGCUUCAGUAACUAGCCACAAAUCCCUGAGGCUAAAUGCUAAAGAAGAAGAAGCCAAUAAAAAGCUGAAGCAGAGUCAAGGAAUUCUAAAUGCUAUGAAUACUAAGAUCAGUAAUGAACUUCAUGCUCUUACUGAUGGAGUUGCAAAAUUAAUGAUGUUCUUCAGACAUUCUAAUUUGGGUCAAGGGACAAAUCCACUGGUGUUUUUAUCUCAUUUUUCUUUGGAAAAAUAUUUAAGCCAAGAAGAGCAAAGCACAGCAGCAUUAACCUUAUAUACCAAGAAACAGUUCUUUCAGGGUAUCCAUGAAGUGGUUGAAAGUUCAAAUGAAGAAAAUUUUCAACUUUUAGAUAUACAGGCACCAUCUAUUUGUGAUAAUCAAGAAGUUCUUGAGGAGAGACGGUUGGAGAUGGCUAGGCUGCAGCUAGCAUACAUUUGUGCUCAACAUCAGUUAAUUCACUUGAAAGCAAGUAAUGUGAGCAUGAAGUCAAGUAUAAAAUGGGCAGAGGAAAAUCUUCAUAACCUCACUAGCAAGGAACUUGGCAAAGAUAAUUUGGAUGCUAAAAUUUCUAGCUUGAAUAGUGAGAUUCUGAAACUUGAAGAACAGAUCGCUCAGAUAAAAGACAAAAGUUUGCCUGCUGUGAUAAAAGAGAAUGCCCAGUUAUUGAAUAUGCCAGUUGUAAAGGGAGAUUUUGAUUUGCAGAUUGCUAAACAAGACUAUUAUACAGCAAGACAAGAGUUAGUUUUAAAUCAGUUGAUAAAGCAAAAGGCAUCAUUUGAACUUUUACAAUUAUCAUAUGAAAUUGAAUUGAGAAAGCAUUGGGACAUACAUCGUCAACUUGAAAACUUGGUUCAAGAACUUAGUCAGAGUAAUUUGAUGCUCCAUCAGCGAUUAGAAAUGCUAACGGACCCAUCAGUAUCUCAGCAAAUAAAUCCAAGAAAUACCAUUGAUACCAAGGAUUAUUCUGCUCAUAGGCUCUACCAGCUUUUAGAAGGAGAGAAUAAGAAAAAAGAACUGUUUAUAACCCAUGGAAACCUGGAGGAAGUGGCUGAGAAAUUAAAACAGGACGUUUCUUUAGUACAAGAGCAGCUGGCAGUAUCUGCCCAAGAACAUUCCUUCUUUCUGUCCAAAUUAAAUAAUGAUGUAGACAUGCUUUGUGAUGCUUUGUAUCAAGGAGGAAAUCAGCUUUUGCUUAGUGAUCAGGAAUUAACAGAGCAAUUUCAUCAAGUUGAAUCUCAACUAAAUAAGUUAAAUCAUCUCCUUACUGAUAUUCUUGCUGACGUGAAGACAAAAAGAAAAAUUUUGGCAUCUAAUAAACUGCAUCAAAUGGAAAGAGAAUUAUAUGUAUAUUUUUUUAAAGAUGAAGAUUAUCUGAAAGAUAUUGUGGAGAAUUUAGAAAACCAGUCGCAGAUAAAGGCUGUUGGUCUUGAAGAUUGAAAAUUACUAAAAACGAAAUCUUACUGCAUAUGCUGUAUUUUAAUGUUUUAUGUAUCAGGAGAAUAUAGCUAAUAAACACUACAAAAAUUUUUAAUUUGAGGUUAAUGGAACAUUUCACUUAAUGAAUUCAAGUAUUAUAUCAAUUUUGUUUUUUUCUUAUUUAAUAUGUUCAAAGUAUCAAUUUUUUUUAUGACUUGAACAUUUGUUUGGUGCUGUUUAGUCCUGCCAACUUUUUACUUACAGGGGAAGCAUUAUAUCAUGCAAAUAUUUUUAAUAGAGUCAGUUGUAUUUCUGCUUUGCUUUUUUUUAAGAGUUAGAAAUUUCUAGUGUUACGUAUUUUAAAAAUUUGUAGAAAAUUUAUAAAUUUAUAGUGCUGUAGACCUUAAUAAAAGGAAUAGUCAAGUC